AAUAUCUUGCUGAAUCAGCAACACUAAAGUUUGUCUGCAACGUUUAUGGCCCGCUGUUCGGAUGCUCCAUGCUCCCAACAGCUUUUACGGCCCUCCUCGUCCUGGUCCUGGAUGUUUUCCUUGGCCGUAGUCAGCGGCCGCAGACUGUUCAUGUCCAGAAACCCCUACGAUUUGAGCUGCGGCACGAACAUGCUGUCUCACCCGAUGCACAUGUGGCAUUCUCCGACGUGCCAUUGACGGUGAGCCUUGUCGAUGGCAAUCAAUCAUCCUAUUCGAUAGAUACACGGCAUACGACCGCAUAUCGCCCAUCAAGUUUCAGCGCAUAUAAUGAUGCGAGGAUACUUUCCAUGCGGCACGCACAAAGCGCGAAUUUGCCCUGGUACGAAGCCGAAAUAUUGGGGCCGAAUGUCGAGAGCCGCGAAACACUUUUGGAACUUGCCAAGAUGACAAACAAUGCCUAUGUAACCCCUGAUGAUAGCCAGUGGUACGAACUUAGCGAUAACUGGGCCGAUCAUCAUCCAUUUGGAUGGGAACCAGAUGCAGAUGGGUUCCGAGGAUAUGUGUUUGCGACCCCCGACAACUCCAUCGUCAUUUUAUCUAUCAAAGGCACUUCCGCAGCCUUGUGGGGAAGCGGAGGUCCCACUGCCAAGAAGGAUAAAUUGAAUGAUAACCUACUAUUUAGUUGUUGUUGUGCUAGAAUUGACUGGUCAUGGACGACCGUCUGUGGUUGCUAUCGUGGAGGGCCUCUGGUGGAAGACAGCCUAUUUUACCCCAUUGCAACGAAUCUGUAUAAUAACUUGACGUAUAUGUACCCGACAUCGGAUAUCUGGAUUAUAGGGCACUCACUAGGUGGUGCGUUGGCUUCUCUUCUUGGAGCCACGUUUGGCACCCCUGUUGAGAAAGAAUGGCUGCAAGGACGGCUGCAUCUACCAUCACCGCCAUCAACUCAUCAUGUCACGCAUGUAUACCACACUGCAGAUCCCAUUGCGAUGGGCACCUGCAAUGGAAUUUUGUCUUCCUGCGCCCUGGGCGGUUUCGCGAUGGAAUCCAAAUGUCAUCUAGGCCAAUCCAUUGUAUAUGACACCGUGUCGAACCUUUCUUGGUCUGUAGACAUACGCAAACAUGGGAUCGUCAGUGUUAUAGAUGAAAUUCUUGGGAAGCCCUGGCAGCCCAGCGAAGAUGUCGGUCGGUCGGUUCCACCCCCUACAGUUGAGGAAGAUUGCGUGGAAUGUUAUAGCUGGGAGUUUGGUGAUUUCCCCCUGUAGAUUUAAUUGUAGAUAUCAAUUUGGCCAAGUAGUUUGCUAGAACAUACCAUACCUACUUAUACUUACCCAUAAAAUGCGCUCUUGAACCUCGGA